GUUGCACAAACUCAUAUUAUACACGAUAUAUACAGACAAUAUAUAAAUGGGACAAAGUUUCAUUUUCAUUUUAUUAUUAUUUACUUUUUUGGAGCAUGAGCAUCAUUCUCAUUUCAUGGGCAAAAUUCAUUUUUUUUUUUUUUUGAUGACAACAUAAAUUACUGCUGAUGAUGAUGGAUCAAAAUUCAAAUGUAUGAUCUCAUGAUCAUUAUGUUAUGAACAUCAUGAUCGAAACAUUUGUCUCAUAUAAAAAAUGCUUUUUAUCAUCAUCAGAUGAUGAUAAAUUGACAUUUAUUUUGUGUAUAAACGUGAUCAAUCAAUCAAUCAAUCAAUCAGUCGUUCAAUGAAUUGUAGAAAUUUUCUUUUCUAUAUACUCGAAACUUUUAUUCAUAUGAUCAUGCCAUCAAAUAAUUUUGUCGAUUGGAAACUUUUCUCGUACAAUCGUAGGAAUGUUUUGGCAAAAAUUUUGGCGCCAUAGGUGAAAUUGAAAAAAAAUUCUAUUUAAAAUUUGAAUUUUUUUUUUACUUAUUGAGUUCUUUGUGUUUGGAUAUUAUUUGAUUUUUAUCAUUCAAAAAUUUGCCAAAUAAAUCAUGGCUCGAAAUGCCGAGAAAGCAAUGACAACAUUAGCUCGAUGGCGAGCAUCACAACUUGAAGAACAAAAUAAUUCCAAUCAACCAAAACGUGAACGGCGACCAUAUUUUCCAGGUGAUUGUAAUGAUUUAAAUGCAGCACAACGAUGGCGUUUGAAUGUUGUACGUGUGAUCAGCCGAAAAGUGGCACAGAUCCAGAAUGCUGGUCUUGGUGAACAUCGUAUUCGUGAUCUAAAUGACCAGAUCAAUAGGCUGCUAAGAGAGAAAAGGAAUUGGGAACAACGAAUCAAAGAACUUGGUGGUACUGAUUUCAAAUCAACCGAACGUUUCGAUGCUAGUGCACGUGAAAUACCGGGCAAUAAAGGUUACAAAUAUUUUGGCGCUGCUAAAGAUUUACCAGGCGUACGAGAACUGUUGGCACAAGAAACCAUUCAGGUGCCAAAGAAAACGAAAGCCGAAUUGAUGCGAUCAAUCGAUGCUGAUUAUUAUGGUUAUCGUGAUGAAGAUGAUGGUGUUAUUUUGAAAGAAGAAGCACGUGUACAACGUGAAGAACUUUUACGAUUGGCAAAUGAAGAGAAAAAUUCCAAUACAACGACCAUAAAGGAACGCAUUGAAUUAAUCUGCUAUGCUGAUGUUAAUGAUGAUAGCAGACAAAGUGUCGAAGAUGGAAUCGAUUUUGCUGGUCCGAAAAAUUUUAUAUCACACGUUCCAUCCAUACCAACACAAAAAGAGAUUAAUGAAGAAUUAAUCCGAAGGAAAAAACAAGAACUACUUAAAAUGUACGUUUCAGAAGAUAUUCUUGAAUCGGAAAAAGAAUCAAAAAAAAUUCUUGACAUUGAAUAGUACUUGAUGAUUUUUACUUCUACUGGUCCUUAU